CCCGAGAUUCUCGAGCAACAACGAGCGACCGUCACACAACAUGACAACUGUGUUACUGUAGUGAACAAAACCACCUGUUUGGAAGUAUUUAUACCCGCAUUAGACUAAAGUGACGCCAUAUCUGACUGAAAAGGAGGGGUGACGAGAGAGACCGGCUUUUAAAACUCAGGGGAAAGAGGAGGCAGAUGGGUCAGGACUGACGAGAGAGAGAGGUGACCCUGCUACAAUCAGAAGGAUUUAUCCUGGACUGAUCGGUAAACACUGUUGUGGCUCCCUGUUUGGAGACGCUGCUGACCUCAGCCCUUCUGCCAUGGCCCCAGCCCGCACACCAUGCAGAAAGCACCCCUCCUAACCCUCAGCCCACACAUACACACACUCCCACACACAUACAACACACCAGCAAUGAUGACCACCUCAUACAUGAACGGAUAUUUGACUGAAUUAGAGGGUGUGGGAGGGAGCAGUGGAGGCACUGACACCAUGGAGGAGGUGGUGCAGAGACACAGGGAGAUGGCGGUGGACUGCCCCGGAGAUCUGGGUGCCCGCACUCUUCCUGUUAGACGCAGCGCUCAGCUUGAACGGAUCCGCCAGCAGCAAGAGGACCGUAGGAGGCGCGAGGAGGAGGAACGCAAGGAGCUCGACCUUAACUCCUCUAUGCGCCUUAAGAAGCUCUCCCAGAACCCCAAGGUGGGCAUCGAUAACCCCACCUUUGAGCAAAUGGAAGGUCCUGGAGGCUCCAUUGGAGGUCUGGAGAGCCUCAUCGCACCACCAGCCCUAUUAGAGUUGGAGGACCUGUUGAUGUCCCUGAAGCAGGUGCAGCAUUGUUUGAAUGACUCUCAGAGUCAAGAGGAUGUGGAGCUGGUUCUACAGCUGGUCCAGAAGCCAGACUUCCAGAAAGCCUUCAGCAUCCACAACGCUGUGGCCCAUUACAUGAACCGGCCCAGCCCACCCUUCCCAUUGACUGACCAUGCACAGAACCUCACACAAGAGGUCCAGGCCAUGCUGCACAACAGCUCACAGAAGGAGGGAUUGGAGCUAAGCUCUCUGCUCACAACUCCUCAUGUGCAGGCUCUUAUGAUGGCCCAUGACAGUGUGGCUGAAGAAGAGAUGCAGCUGGAGCCUCUUGUCCCUUCAGUUAUUGCAAGUGAAACUCUCACGCAGUGGGGUGGGGAGACCGUCAAGAUUGUACGGAUUGAGAAGUCCAAGGACAUCCCACUGGGAGCAACUGUGAGAAACGACAUGGACAGUGUGGUCAUCAGCCGCAUUGUAAAAGGAGGGGCGGCAGAACACAGUGGCCUGCUGCAUGAAGGAGACGAGAUACUGGAAAUCAAUGGUGUGGAGAUCCGCGGCAAAGACGUCAACGAAGUCUUCGACAUACUGGCGGACAUGCAUGGAGUACUGACCUUCGUUCUGAUCCCCAGCCUACAGAUCAAACCACCUCCCAUUAAAGAGACAGUGGUGCAUGUGAAAGCACAUUUUGACUAUGACCCCUCUGACGACCCCUAUGUACCAUGUCGAGAGCUCGGUCUUUGCUUUCAGAAGGGAGAUAUCCUCCACAUCAUCAGCCAAGAUGACCCCAACUGGUGGCAGGCCUACAGAGAUGGGGAUGAAGACAACCAGCCUCUUGCUGGCUUGGUCCCUGGCAAAAGCUUCCAGCAGCAGAGAGAGGCAAUGAAGCAAACCAUAGAAGAGGAUAAAGAGCCUGAAAAAGCUGGAAAACUUUGGUGUGCUAAAAAGAACAAGAAGAAGCGAAAGAAGAUGCAAUACAAUGCUAACAAAAAUGAUGACUUUGAUAAUGAAGAGAUUCUCACAUAUGAAGAGAUGGCACUGUACCACCAGCCAGCCAAUCGAAAGCGGCCCAUUGCUCUAAUCGGCCCACCCAACUGUGGGCAGAAUGAGCUCAGACAAAGACUCCUUUCCAGUGAGCCGGACAGGUUUGCUGGUGCUGUCCCUCACACCACACGAAACCGUCGCGAUAAUGAGAUGAGCGGUCGCGACUACCACUUUGUGUCCCGUCAGGCCUUUGAGAUGGACUCUGCGGCAGGGAAGUUCAUAGAGUCCGGAGAGUUUGAAAAGAACCUCUACGGCACUAGUACUGACUCGGUCCGACAGGUUAUCAACACUGGCAAAAUUUGCCUCUUGUGUUUGCACACUCAGUCUUUAAAGGUGUUGCGCAGCUCGGACCUCAAGCCCUACGUCAUCUUCAUCGCUCCCCCAUCCCAGGAACGAUUGAGGGCCCUUUUAGCAAAAGAUAACAAAAACCCAAAGCCUGAGGAGCUGAGAGACAUCAUUGAGAAGGCUCGGGAGAUGGAGCAGAACUAUGGCCACCUGUUUGAUGCUGCCAUCGUGAACAUCGACUUAGACAAGGCCUACCCGGAGCUGCUCCGGCUCAUCUAUAAACUAGACACUGAACCUCAGUGGGUCCCUUCAUCCUGGCUGCGCUGAGAUGAACCCCACUCAGACAUUGACCCAUCCACUGGCGGUUGUAAAUGAAGAGUCUUACACUCUGAUUUCAUAGAGUUGAAUGAAUGCUGCUUACGCUAGGCCAUGUUUUUACACUACAAGAUUCAACACAAUUAAAUAUGAGGACAGUAUGCCACCUCAGACCUUGACAAAAGUGUCUGUCUGCACUGUGCUGUCAACAGGCUAGGGAAAUUAGUUUUAAUGUCAUAUGUAUGAUCAUGGUGUGUAUUUGAGUCCAAUUACCCACAUUCCAGAGAGUUACCAGCACUUGGUGCAGAAGUAGAAUUAGGGCUUCUAUAAUGCUUUUGAUAACUAUUUAUGAUUGUAAAUAUUCUGUAUGUGUUUUUAAAGAUGGAAAAACAUGGUGAUGGGUUUGAAUUGUAAGAAAGCAACUCCCUUUUAAAAGUCUGAUGGGGAGAUUUCUGUUCUGGACAAGUGUCACAGGGGCUCUGCCAAACUCAGACAAGAUGUUUGUACUCUUUAUUAUUCUCUCCUUCGUCACCUUAAACAUGGAAUGUACAAUGUUACAAGGAUAUCCAGCAGUAAGUGCAGUGUCUGUCACAUCUGAACAACUCUUCCAAGCUUCCAAAACACUAAAAGGGAUGAAUGUUGAUGUGACUGCAACAGAACCCAAGCCUCUUCAAUCCCAGCGGCGCUGCCUCAGUGUUGCUAUGGCAACCAACACUGAUUAUGACAGAGUUAAAUAGUUCAACUUCAGGUUAAAUGUUUUUUUGAGAGUUUGCAAGGCCACAUCUAUAAUAAGAGCUACUUUUAAGUUGCUGAAUGUAACUGUGCCCUUGUCUCAGUAUUCACAUGCACUUCCAGCACUCAGAAGUGUAACCAGUAUUGUAAACGAUAUUUGAUAGCAAUACAGUGAGGUUCACGAUCUGAGUGUCCACACAGCUUAGUCUUAGUCAAUACUCAUGCAGAACUUAAAAUUAUGUUUCUUGAUCAAGUGAAAUUCCUUUAAUUGUAUUGGAAGAUUGUUGUAUUUUUACCCAUAGGCUUUCAAUUUGAGCAAGCUGGGUUGUGAUUUAACUUGUGGUCAUGGUCUAUUCUUUGGGUGGAUCUCAUUGAAACCUGUCAAGAACAUGUCUGUGUCAUGUUUCACCCUAAAAUCAAAAGAAAGAAAUUAAGACAUAAGAUUGGUUUAAAGAAACUAGUGUUAGAACAUUACAUUUUUUGCCAGUCACAUUAAAAAAAACUAAACAUCAUGGUAGUAUUUGUAGUACUGAUUUAAUGGCUAUUUAUAAAAACAAACAUCCAGACACUUUGUGGUAUUAAGAACAUUUGGCCAUUGAAAUUGUCUCAAUGUGAAAUCUUAAUUGUCUUAAAAAUAGGCUUUUGUUUCUUUAUGCAAACAUUAGAUAUAUGUUUUCCAUUUUGGGGUGAAAUGCUUUCACGUUUUCAUGAGAUUCACAUGUUAAUUUUCCAUGACUUUCAGAGAUCAAAAAUAUGAAACCGCUCCAUGUUGAAGAGAUGUGUGUAUGCUUGAGCGGAUGCUUGUGAAUGCAUGAUGUAUUUGUUUGACCCUUGAGAGCAAAUGCUGGAAGUAGGGAACGCUUGAUCAUGAUCGACAGAAAGCUCAGUCUAAGUGUGCAUUAUUGAAAACAACCCUUUUUAAAGGAAGGACUGAGUUAUUGCAGGCAAGUUUUCCACUGAGAGAUUUGUCCCGUGAAGCUGUUUUUACUCUUGUUGUUUUUUUUUCUCAAGAUAAUCAGAGUGUAUGUAGAAAACAACCUUUUUUUUUUUUUUUUAAUUACAGAAUAGUUCAGCCACUUAGAAACCACACCCUUAAGUUUUUUACACUUGUGCACUACAGUUUGGUUUUCUGUUUUAUUUUCUGUUCUGAGUGUGGACAGAGUCAUUAACCUGCUUUCCAUCGCUUCAGUCUCAUGUGGUUUAGUUACAUGCCAGCGAACAUGAAGUAGAAUGAAUGAAUGUAAAAAAAGGAAUCACCUUUCCUUCUGAACUGUUUUUGUAUGAAUUAUACAAUUUAAUUAAAACACAGA